UUUGUCCCUUGUUCUUCUUCUUCAUUUGGUUCUAAUAUUGAUUCUGAGUUUUGCUUUGUAAUUGUUGACUCUGUUUUCAUAACACCUAAUUAAAUUAAAUAUACUCUUAUGCGACUUUUGGUGUACAAAAUUCAUCAUGAGCUCCUUCGUCAUUUCAAGGGCUCUUCGAAAGCUAACAAGCGUCUUAUUCUCAUUGUUUUUUCAGCAGUUUCAGGAGUUCAAGUUAAGAUCAAAGGACUCCAUGAAAAUUAUGUUGUCAUAAUCUCGUGUGUCAUUUUGAUGGUCCUUUUCUCCAUUCAACAUCAUGGGACACAUAGAGUUGCCUUCAUGUUUGCCCCACUACUUGCAACAUGGCUUUUGUGCAUUAGUGGUAUUGGUGUAUACAACAGAUUCUACUGGAACCGACACAUAUACCGUGCACUUUCUCCACUCUACAUGUUGAAGUUCCUCAGAGCCACUGGCAUUGAAGGAUGGAUGCCAUUAGGUGGAGUAGUGCUUUCAAUCACAGGAGUGGAGGCAAUGUAUGCUGCCUUGGGUCAUUUUUUCUGCACUCUCAAUAAAGGUAGCUUUCACAUGUCUAGUGUAUCCCUUCCUGAUUUUGGCAUAUAUGGGCCAGGCCGCAUUUCUCUCUAAGCACCAUCAUGACAUUCAAGAAAGUUUCUACAAAGCCA